UAUUUCUUUUCUACGAAUCUCAAGUAUUCAACUUUUUUGUCUACAGAUAAUGUACAGACCUCUAAGAGAUUUGAAUGGAAUACCAGGCACAAAACCUUUAACUGUAUGCCUAACUGGAUAUCAACGUCAAGAUCGAGAUGAUAUUAUGACAAUGGUUGCGCUAAUGGGGGCGAAAUUUUCAAAGCCAUUGAUAGCUAACAAAGUCACUCAUCUUGUAUGCUAUAAAUUUGAAGGAGAAAAGUAUGAGCUUGCCAAAAAGAUAACAUGGAUAAAGAUUGUUAACCAUCGGUGGUUAGAAGACUGUUUGACAGCUUGGGAAAUUCUUCCAGAGUCUUCCUAUGCUAAAAGUGGCUAUGAGUUGGAAAUGGAGGCUGAAGCUAAAGAUUCUGAUGAAGAAAAUGUGACAAAUGACGACAUUAAUAAUAAAGAAAUGUAUGCUGGAACUCUAAGGACCAAUCCGUCUCCCCUGUCCAGACAGGGUGUUUCUAGAAUCAACUCACCUACAAUUGGCCGGAAUUCUAUUAGCAAAAUAUUAGCCACGAGCGAAGGCCCGUCACAUAAAACUUCACCUGCCCAACAUAUUCGGAAUAAAGAACCAGAUAUCCUAUGUCCCAGAGAUGCCACCUUCAAUGGCAAUGUUAAUCUUGCAGCUUCCAAUAAUUUUGCAGAUGAUCUGGUUUAUACUGAUGGCAGUGCACCAAAGUCUAAUUCUGGCAGUUCAAAGUUCAGUAGUAUAAGCUAUUCUAGAAAAAACAGGAAGAAUGAUAGGGAUGAUACCUCCGGAAUCUCUUAUGUGAAGGAGAAUGAGUUAUGCGGUGAAGAUAAACAGAGUGGAAUUUUUCCAGGGAAGAGAACUUUGGAUCUCCCUUCCAAUAGUUCUAAACUUCAAAAGACAAACCAAAAUUUGAAAUCACCCAUCUUAGAGCCGUUGUUGCAGAGUGGCAUUGGAGACUUAAGUCCUGAAGAUAAUUAUGACCGCUCUCUUGUUACGAACGGUAGCUUUUCAUCCGCGAGAACCCCUCAAUCUUCGAAUUUGAACAUGGAGUUGCCCAAAGGUGGGAAGUUCAAAGAAAUUCCAAAUAUGGAGUUACCCAAAGGUGGCAAUAAUACUAAUUCACUUUCAAAGCCAAGAAGAAAAGCCAUUGCAAAAAAUAAGCCGGGUUCUAAGUCUAAAUUUACUCCCAAAAGCACUGAAAACGAGAAAGGUCUUCCUCUGGACUCUAGUCCAGGCACCCUACAGUUGAGUAGUGCAGUUGAUGAAGAAGAGAUGGUGAAGAAAUGUUCUGAUAUAGUUGAAACGAAAUUAACAGCAGUAGAAACAAAUGUUGCUGGUAUUCAUGGGAAUGAAGCUGGGAAAGCCUCCUGGGAUGACACAAUCGCAUUUGAAGUUUUGCAAGUUGCAUCAGAUAAUGAAGAGUUGAAGAACAAAUUGGGAGCAACAAAGAGUGCUGAGGUUGGGAAUUUAAAAGAGAAUUUGAAUAUGGAAUUGCCCAAAAGUGGCAAUAAUACUAAUUCGCUUUCAAAACCAAGAAGAAAAGUUCUUGCGGCAAAGAGAUCAGGUUCCAAGUCUAAAUGUACUCCUGAAAGAACUGAAAACCGGAAAGGUCCUCUGCAAUCGAAUCCAGGCACCCUACAGUUAAGUAACACAGUUGUUGAAGAAGAGAAGUUGAAGAAAUGUUUCGAUAUAGUUGAAACUGAAUCAACAUCAGCAGUAGAAACAAAUGUUGCUGGUAAAUCUGCAUUAUUAAAAGCUUUGCAAGAUGCAUCAGAUAAUGAAGAGCUGGAGAACAAAUUGGGAGCAACAAAGAGUCUCACGGUUGGGAAGUUAAAAGAUAAUUCGAAUAUGGAGUUGCCCAAAGGUGGAAAUAAUACUAAUUCACUUUCAAAGCCAAGAAGAAAAGUUCUUGCAAAUAAGAAAUCGGAUUCUAAGCCUAAACUUAGUCCUGAAAGAACUGAAACCCAUAAAGGUCCUCUGCACUCGAGUAGCUCAGUUGUUGAAGAAGAGACUGUGAUGAAAUGUUUUGAUAUAGUUGAAACCAAAUUAACAACAAAGAAAGCUUCGGAUGAGGAAACUGAUAUGGUGGCUAAAUCAGAUAAAGAUAUUGAAGACAAAUCCCUUCCUGAAAAUGAGCUAAGGAUAUCGAAAGUGAAAUCAUCCAAAGCGAAGAAACGACCGUUGGGGAAAAUAUCAAAGGACAAUGAUGAGAAUGCAACAAGUGUGAAGGUAAAAGGUCCUAAAGCUUCGAAAAAGAAGAAAUCUGUUCCUGCAAAAGAGUUGAAAAACAACAUGGCUGAAGUAGAAGACAAGGAGAACAUGCCUGGACAUAAAAAUGUAAGAACAAUGCAGGUAGGAGAAGUGACUCCAAAGAUAACAAAUGUGAAGGGUGUUGAAAGAACAAAAGUUCUUGAUCCCAAAUGUUUUAUCCUAAGUGGGCAUAAGCAUGAAAGGAAAGAGUUUCAGCAAAUUAUUAAACGAUUGAAGGGAAAGGUGUGCAGAGAUUCUCAUCAAUGGUCUUAUCAGGCAACACACUUCAUUGUUCCUGAUCAAUUGAAGCGAACUGAAAAAUUCUUUGCUGCUGCUGCAUCAGGAAGGUGGAUUUUGAAGAGUGAUUAUUUAACAGCUAGUAAUGAGGCAGGAAUGUUUCUAGAAGAGGAAGCUUAUGAGUGGCAUAAGAAAGGUGUGUUAAGCGAAAAUGGAGCAAUCAGCUUGGAAGCUCCAAGGAAAUGGCGGUUAUUGAGGGAGCAAACCGGCCAUGGAGCCUUCAAUGAGAUGCGUAUCAUUGUCUAUGGUGAAUGCAUUGUUCCUCCAUUGGAAACCUUAAAACAUGUAAUUAAAGCGGGAGAUGGGACAAUAUUGGCGACAUCGCCACCUUAUACCCGGUUCUUGAAAUCGAGUGGGGUUGACUUUGCGGUUGUGAGCCCGGGAAUGCCACGGGUUGACUUUUGGGUCCAGGAAUUCCUUAGGCAUGAGAUUCCAUGCAUUUCGGCGGAUUAUUUAGUUGAGUAUGUUUGCAAACCCGGGUAUUCGCUCGAUAAAUACGUCGAAUACAACACUCAAGUUUGGGCAGAGAAAUCGUUACAAAAGUUAAUCAGCAUUUCUGAAGAGUAGAUAAAUCACAACAAUUGUUGCAAUAAUGGAAAUAGUCUAAAGAAGGGUCUUGAAAGGGGAAAUGAUGUUAAGUGAUCUCUUUGUAUUUUAAUUAAUGAGAUUUUUGUGGAAUGUUAUAUGUACAUGUAAUGGGAGUAUUCAAACUGAUUUGCCUCUA